AAGACGGCGAGCCUACCUCGCAGGGGGAAGAUGGACGUGGAGGUCGCCGCCAGACAGGCCGAGGAGAAGGGCGAUCCCUGCCCGCCCGGCGGCUUCCAGCUCUACAAGAGACGCUGGCUGGUGCUGGCCGUCGUUUGCCUGCUCAAUUCUUCCAAUGCCAUGCUCUGGUUGUCAUUUGCUCCGGUGGCUGAUAAAACAGCCGAACACUUCCACAUUUCCCUGGAUAUGGUCAACUGGCUGUCUCUUGUGUACCUGGUGAUAUCCGUUCCAUUUGGGCUGGUAGCCAUAUGGAUGCUGGACACCCUUGGACUUAAGUGUGUUGUGAUACUCUGUGCCUGGCUGAAUAUGGUGGGGAGCAUCGUCCGAGAACUCAGCGUCAUCAGCGUCUUGAGCCUGGGUUCCCUCAACGUCGUUUACCUGCUCGUAGGACAGUGCCUCUGUGCUGUGGCCCAGCCACUCAUUGUGUUUGCACCAACCAAACUGGCUGCUUUGUGGUUCCCCGAUCACCAGAGAGCCACCGCUAAUAUGAUUGCCUCGAUGUCCAAUCCACUGGGCCUUCUUAUAGCUAACAUACUGUCUCCUGCUCUUGUGCAUGAAGAAAAAGAUGUCCCUUUAAUGCUUGGAGUGUACAUGGGGCCUGCCAUCUUGGCUUGUGUUUUAGCAACAGUGGGGAUUCGCAAAAAGGAGCCUCCGACACCCCCAUCGGCCAGCGCCAGUCAGUCUAAUUCACAGUCGGUCUUUGCAGGCUUGAAAAUGCUCCUUCGAAAUAAGGCUUACCUUGUCCUGAUGAUCUCUGUCGGCGGAGGGGUCGCACUCUUCACCUGUUUCUCUGCUCUGCUGGAACAGAUGAUGUGUGUGGUGGGAUAUUCAAAUUCUUUUGCAGGUCUGUGUGGUGCCUUAUUCACUGUUGCUGGAUUACUUGGUGCCUUCCUUCUUGGGCUGUAUGUGGACAGGACAAAGAAAUUUAUAGAAGCCACCAAGAUUGGUUUUUGUUUAUCUGCACUGGCUAGCAUUGCAUUUGCAGUGAUGUCUCGGUUUAGGAACCAGACCUACACGUUGGCAGUGAUCAGCUCAAUCUUUGGGUUCUUUGGAUUUGCAACCUAUCCUGUCUCUAUGGAACUUGCUGUGGAAUGCUCGUACCCUGUGGGAGAAGGAACGUCAUCUGGGCUGAUUUUUGUGGUUAGUCAGAUCCUAGGAGUUAUUUUCAUGGUCUUGUUCCAAAGCCUGGCGGUGGAGAUGAAAAACACCCCAUAUUCUACUUGCACAGUAGCUCAAGGAGGGACGCUGGAUUGGUCAACUUCGUCACUGGUGUUUGCGGGAAUCUGCAGCCUGCUAGCCUGUUUCUACGUGGUGGCUUUUCACACUAGCUACAGGAGGAUCUACGCGGAGACAUCGAAUGCCUGUUCGAUUAACAAAACAGACGAUUACAUAACAGAUGGGACACAAAAAGGAAAAGAUACUGAUUGAACUCUGGAUUAACCCAAGGGCCUAAAAAUAGUGGAUGCUUCCCAGACCUCAAGUGCCAUAACCUGUAUAAAAUAGCCAGUAUAAAAUAGCAGAGUAAAGUGCACUUUGAUGGUAA